AGCCAUUAUUAAUUCACCGCGACACAGUGGUCUAAACCUAAAGGCACAUACUUGACUUUGGAGGAAGAUGAAUAGGUCAUUAAACUCAGAGUUUAAACCCUGACCUAUUCGUUUGAGCAUACACCUUCGGAAGACGAAUAGAUUUGAUUAGCUUGAAGAAAGAGAAAUGGUAGGUAGAAAGAAAAGGACCCAAAACUGUGACAAAGUGUCACAUGAGGAAGAUAGGAUAAGUCAGUUACCGGAACCGUUGAUAUCUGAAAUACUUUGUCAUCUUUCUACAAAGGAUGCUGUAAGAACAAGUGUUCUGUCUACAAAAUGGAGAUAUCUUUGGAAAUGGGUUCCUGGAUUGGAUGUGGAGUUCAACACAUUCCCAAACAACGAUUUGUUUGUGAGUUUCCUUGAAAGGUUUUUUGUUUCCUGCAAGGAGUCAUGGAUACGUAAACUCCGGUUAAAUAUCUGUGAUCCUUAUCGUAAGUGUGAUCUCAACUCAUGGAUUGAUUUUGUCACCACUACGCCUAGACUUCGACAUCUUGCUGUUAGCUAUUGUCCCACUAAUGAGAUACCCCUGAGCAUAUAUAAGUGCAAGACAUUGGUACACUUGGCACUUGUUCGGGUCGCCUUGGCUGAUGCCGAGAUUGCUGUUUCCUUUCCUUGUCUGAAGAUCAUGCAUUUAGAAGACGUUGUAUAUCCCAAUGAGACCAUGUUGCAGAAGCUUAUCUCAGGCUCUCCAGUUCUGGAAGAUUUAAUGAUCAGCACAUAUAUGUCUCGUAAGGCAAAGGUUUUACAAGUGCUCUCUCAUACGCUAAAGAGAAUGAACAUCGAUGAGUCUACUGAAUUUGUGAUUGAUGCACCUUUACUCCAGAGUUUGAGGACUACGAUUCACUUAACAAAGAACUUCAAGAUCAUCAAUGUGGGCUUCCCUACGAAAUUGGAUAUUGAUGUCGUCUAUGGCAAUUUGACAUACGGUAAAAGCUUGAUUCACGACAUCCUCACCGAUAUUUCAAGGGUUAGAGACCUAGUGAUUACUAAUGUCAUUUUGAAGGAAAUCUUUUCAAACUCCAACUCAGGACCGGUGCUCCAGUUUCGUGACUUAUCUAGUUUGAAUGCUAAACUUUGUAAAUCUGAUCUUGAAAUGUUACCAACAAUUCUUGAGAGCUGCCCAAAACUUGAAUCUUUCACAUUGGAAUUGGUCAAGGACCCAUCCAUGAUAAAGAAAGAACCAAAUGUGGUGUUUUCAGCAGUGCCUCAGUGUUUGGUAUCAUCGCUUAAGUUUGUAGAAUUGAAACGGUUAACCCCAAGGUUAAGGUAUGAAGGAGAAAUGGAGCUAAUAAGAUACUUCCUGAAGAAUUCAAAAGUCCUGAAGAAACUAAAGCUCAAUGUUUACUACACGAAAAAGGCAAAGUGUGACUUCCUUACAGAAGUCGUUGCAUUGACAAGAUGCUCUAGCGCUUGUGAAGUCCUUGUUCUUUAAAUUACUUAAAAAGAUAUUUCUUCACAUUUCGUUUUAAUUUUAAUUUUAAUUUUAGCAAAA